GUUGAGUAAAUCCCCACUAUUAUGAAAUAUUAAUGAUGACCCAUUGUUUUGAAGCCUUAUGUUUGGUUAUGGAGUUGUGUUUUUGAUCAGAGGCUUAGAUAUGUCUUCUGCGGCUAUGCAACAUCACGAAGGUGAUGGUGGGGUAGAUCCUCCUCCAGAUCCAAUGCAGAUCCAGGCUGAUUGUGAGAGAGGUAUCACAUGCAAUUAUUAUUUUUUUGGAUGAAUAUAUUGAAUUAAUUUAUUUAUGUGUAUAUAAUAAUUAUAUGUAUUUGAGAAAUAAUAGUGACGACUAAAACGAAAAGGCGCGGCAUCAACAAAGGGUUUUCAACUCGAGAAGCUAGAGUUGCAUUAGGUAGACCACUACCACUGGAGUGGGAUGUUCGAGGGAAGACUUACAAAGAAAUUGGUGAUUAUUCCCAACAUUUCUCUAGAGAGAUCGGCAUUCUCAUUCGACAAUAUGCCGAUCCCGACUACGACCGAUGGGAUAAAUUACCCAGCGAAGUUAGGGAUCGCAUACUUCCUCGUCUAGAGGGUGAUUUAUUCGACAUUGGUCGAAGUCGAUAUGCCUCAGAGAACCUCCCCGGCAUUCUUUUGGGCAUUCAACGGUCGUGCGCUGAUCGUUACUCGGAGUGGAAGAAUGACUUGUCCACUCAUUUAAAAAAGAAUGGUCGAGCACAUCCUCCUGAUGGUUUGGGCAUGGAGAAAUGGCAGAAGGCACUCCAGUAUUUUGAUCGCCCUGAAGUGAAGAAGCGUUCUGAGACUAACUCUGCGAACCGUGCAAAACAAAAACAGAGAAGCGUGCAGGGUUCACGGUCUACGCCAGCCCUUCGUUACAAGAAGCGUGAUUUACAAACUGGGUGUCUUGCUGGGGUUCCAGAGAUUUGGAUGUCGACUAAGUACAUAGACGGGGAAGGUUGGGUGAGCAAGGCAGCAAAGGAUAACUAUGUAAGUAAAUUUAUAUUUUAUGAUUUUCUUACUUUAUUGUGUUCUAAUAUUCUUGAAAAUUGUGUGAUACAGGAAAAGAUGAUGGAGAUACGUGACACUCUGCAGUCAAAAUCAUCUACGAGCGCCUCUGCUUCAAGUACUAUCCCGAGAGAAGAGGAUGACGUUAUUCUUGUUGAGACUAUCUUUGGACGUCGUCGAGGUUAUCAGCCGGGCCUUGGUCGUAGGAUUCGCACGAGGGCGAAUUGUGAAGCGGCUGAUGUACCUCAACCAGCCCAACCACCUCCUACCGCACAAGACAUGCAAGAGGUGAGGGAGCGACUCCGAGCCAUAGAGGAGCACUUGGCUAGGAUUGGUGGAGUCUCGGGAUCUGGAUCUUCUCAGCAAGGUCAUGGUGUCGAUCCUACAACACCUAGUUAA